UUUUGUUUACCAUAAUAACACUGUCCUUGCCUGAGGUGCCGGAGGACUGACACUGACACAGGCGGAGAAGGACAGCUUUCCCCUCCGGGUGAAUCAUGUCUGUGAGACACGCUAUAAGCCGGGGGCUGGAGCUGAGCCGGUCGGUCUUCCAGCUGGGUCUCCUUAAGUCGUGUGGCCGGUUCGCAGCGAAGCUCCGAGGUGAGCGUUUCCGUGCGGGACCGUCGGCCCGCACCGUUCAGCCUCAGGCUUUCCUGCCGUCCCGGUACCGAUAUUACCGGACCUCGUUGAAGGGCCUGGCAGCCCAGCUCCAGUCCGCCGGGGUUAGGAGGUUUGGCAGCGGCUCCCCGCGGAACAGGGCCGUGUUUCUGGCGUUCGGCCUCGGCGUGGGGCUCAUCGAGCAACAGCUUGAAGAUGACAGAAACAGUGCGGCCACAUGUGACGAGAUCCAGGCGGUGUUCAGGAAGAAAAGAUUCCAGAGCCCAUUCAAGCCAUUCACCUCUGGAUAUAAACUGGAGGAUUACAUUAUUGGGAAUCAGAUUGGGAAAGGCUCCAACGCUGCUGUGUACGAGGCUGCAGCUCGGUUUGCACCUCAGAAGGAGAGUAACAGCAAGUGUUCCCUGGUUCAGCUGGGAGAAGAUGAAGAGGAAGAGGAAGGGGAGACGGCUCGAUCUCUGACAUGCUGCUCGCUGUUCCCUAUGGCUAUCAAGAUGAUGUGGAACUUUGGGACAGGGUCGUCAAGUGAGGCGAUAUUAAAAUCCAUGUCACAGGAGCUGGUGCCUGCAGGCCCCUUGGCCUUAAAGCAGGAGAAAGAGGAAAUCACUCUGGAUGGACAUUUUGGAGUCCUUUCCAAAAGAGUGCCAGCACACCCUAAUGUGAUCAGAGUGGACCGGGCUUUCACAGCCGACGUCCCGUUGCUACCAGGGGCCCAAGAAGAGUAUCCAGACAUGCUGCCGGCCAGGCUUAACCCUUCUGGUUUGGGCAACAAUCGCACUCUCUUCCUCGUCAUGAAGAACUACCCCUUGACACUGCGACAGUACCUGGAAGUGUCCACACCAGGCCGCAGGCAGGGCUCACUGAUGGUGCUGCAGCUCCUCGAGGGGGUCGACCACCUGUGCAGACAGGGUGUAGCUCACAGGGAUCUCAAAUCAGACAACGUGCUCUUGGAGUUUGACUCAGAUGGAUGCCCUCGUUUGGUGAUUACUGACUUUGGCUGCUGCCUGGCCCAGAGUGACGCUAAUCUACAGCUCCCAUUCAACAGCAUGUGGGUCAACAGAGGAGGGAAUGCCUCCCUAAUGGCCCCUGAGGUGGCCACUGCAGUUCCAGGGUGCGGUGUGGUGAUUGACUACAGCAAGGCGGAUGCCUGGGCGGUGGGUGCCAUCUCCUAUGAGAUAUUCGGCCAGCAUAACCCGUUCUAUCGAGCAGUGGGACUGGAGAGCAGGAGUUACCAGGAGGAGCAGCUUCCUCCUCUGCCCUCCAGUGUUCCAGCUGACAUGCAGUUGGUGAUCCAAUUUCUCCUCAGGAGGAGCCCAAGCAAGCGCCCCAGUGCCCGUGUGGCAGCUAACAUGCUACAUCUUAGCCUCUGGGGACGAAAGGCCCUGGCCAACCAAGACAGCGUUGGCAUGAGGAAGCUUGCUGAUUGGCUGCUGUGCCAGUCUGCUGUGGUUCUCCUGAAGGGCUGUAGUGGACCCAAUGGUAACUUGGUGGAGGCGGAGCUUCAGAGGAGCUUCCUGUCUAACCUGGACCUGGAGGACCUGCGCACCGCUGUGGGCUUCCUCCUGUAUGGCCGAGAGCAGGCCUGCAUUCUGUCUGCAUAGAUCCACUCUCUCUCAUUCAGACACACAGCUUAGGAGUCAUUGAUAUGGAUAGACUGGCAGCCUCGAGUUAU